AGUCUUGAAAAUUUGUGCACAGAGUGAAGAAGUAAUUUUCUUUCAGACGUGCUUCAAAAAUUGUUUCAUUCACAAAAAAGACCAACACUCUCUCUCUCUUAUUUGUUAGCCAAAAUUCUGUGAAUAACUUGCCAGUUCUAAAGUAGUGUCUGAAAGUGCUGUGAGCCAGUGAUAAGACAAUGAGGAUUAUUCUCAGUUUCCUUGGAAUACUCCUCCUACACAAUGUACUUGCCCAUCGGAUCCUUGGAAUAUUUCCUCUGGCUGCAAAGUCGCACGAUGCUCUAUUCCAAUCAAUUGUUGAGGCACUCGCGGAAAGGGGACAUGAAAUGACUAUUAUCAGGAGUCUUCCAACUUCCUCCAAACCUUCUCAGAGCUACCAAGAAUUUUUGCUGAGAGACAUGGAACCAUUAGUUGCCUCAUUCAACCUAGAAAAUUCCUUUGCACCCAAUAUCUGGAAUGUCUAUCGAGAUUUCUCAGGAUUGAUCGAGAUGUCUGAGCGGUUGUGCAGGAGUCUCCUGAAAUCUGAGGCACUAUCCAAUGUGCUGACCAUACAUGAGGAGAACCCUUUUGAUUUAGUGCUAAUUGAGCUCUUCGCCACGGAUUGUCCCCUGGGAAUUGCCAGCGAGAUGAAUUUGACCACAAUUGGUAUUAGUCCGUGCGCCCUAAUGCCAUGGCACUACACCAGGUUCAAUCUGAUGGAUUUCCCAUCAUUUAUACCUACGGAAAAUUCACCUUUUGCCACCCAAAUGACUUUCUGGGAACGGAUAGUUAAUUUUCUCACUGGUAAAGUCAUGAAGAUACUCUUUAGGAAAAUCCAGGAACAAGAUACUGCUCUCCUGAAGGAACACUUUGGCAGUCACGUUAGAGAUGUCGAAGUUCUGGGACAUGAAAUAUCCCUGGCACUCGUGAAUCAGCACUUUUCCGUGAGUGGAGUGAAACCUCUCAAUCCGAGAGUCAUUGAAAUCGGCGGAGCACAUAUUAAAUGGACGAAUGAAUCUCUUUCGGAGGAUUUUGAGGCAUUUUUCACAUCAUCACCAGCUUCAGGAAUAAUUUAUAUCAACUGGGGUUCAGUCAUACGAUCAUCAAGUCUGCCAGAGAGUCAUUUGAGGGCACUAAGAAAUGCUUUAGACAGGUUGCCCAUGAAUGUGAUAUGGAAGUGGGAGGAUGAUGUACCCUUUCCCAAUAAAUCCACCAGGAUUCUCGUGAAGAGUUGGUUGCCCCAGCUCCAAAUUCUCUGUCAUCCCAAGACAAAAGUCUUCCUCACCCAUGGAGGACUCUUGAGUGCCAAUGAAGCGGCUCAUUGUGGAAAGCCCGUGAUCGUGACUCCGGUAUUUGGUGAUCAACAUCUCAAUGGAGCAGCUCUGGUAGAGCGUGGGAUGGGUAUUUUACUGCCACUCACUGAUUUCACCGAAGAGACAAUCUAUGCUCGUCUUAUGGAAAUUCUCAAGCCACAGUAUCAACUCCGAGCCAAUCAACUGUCUCACCAUUUUAACCAUCGUCUCAUGAAUCCCCUGGAAAUCGCCGUCUGGUCCAUUGAGCAUAUUCUCAUUGAGCCAAGUGCAGCAAAAUUUCUUCAGACACUUCCAGUCGAUUUUAACUACACGAAAGCCAAUAAUUUUCAGGAUUUUACUCCUAUAAUUUUGGGAAUUUUCACAUCUGUCCUUGCCAUCUGUAUUCUCUUCAUUUUCAUGGCAAUUUCCCAUUUAGCGAGAAAAUUAAAGGCAAAAUUUGUAUGAAUAUUCAGAGCUGACAGAAAAACUCAAUGAUAAAUCCCACAAUUUUAAGGAUUCUCUCAAUUAAACAUGAAAUGCAAAUUUCAGUAGAAUAAUAAAUACUCUCACCAGAAAAUUGCUUCCUUCAGGAAAAUUUUCUCCUUUUUGGAAGACAGAAUUCCAAUGAAAUGUAAUCACAGUAAAUAUUUAUUUAGUGUAUUUCUCACACAGUUUGAGACUUUCAAAUGGAAUUAAAUCUUUUCUAUCCCAGCUGACCAGGGGGAGGACCUAUUCCACCCCUUGAAGAAUUUUCCGUCUUAAAUGAAAAAUAUUUUAAAGAAAAAGCAGUCAUAUGUUCAUUUUUUCUUGUCAUUUAAUCUAAGAGAAAUGAGAAAUUGGUAUUAAAACGUAAUACUAUAGCGAAAUAAGAAAAUGCAUGUUUAAACAUCCAAUAAAUAAUAAAUUGGAUAGGAUAUUGCAUAAGCAGAUUCUGAUAUAAAAAAGAGAUAAUAUAAUACUAUUAAUAAAAAAAGAGAAGCGAAUUCAAUUAAAUUUAUUGUCAGUUGUGAAAGACAUAUUUUACAAUAUUGUAGUACAAAUUUAUAUAAAUGGCAAUAAAAUACCAUAAAAAUAAUAAAUAGGAAAAUAUUUUUUCCCCUACUUGAGGAAUUCAGAAUAAAAAAAAACUAAUAAGGAACAAUAUUUUGUUAGAAAUUUAAAAACGCAACAGGGCAAAUUAAAAAUUAUUUACAAAAAUUGUACUCCCUCUUUACCAAAAGAGUCGUAUAUGUUCGACUACAAAAAAUAAAUUUAAAUUUAUUUUUUGAUUAAUAAAAAAUCUCAUCCCCACUCAUCCCUCAGAGAAGAGAUGAGCUCGUUAAAAAUCGUAUCUAAUCGGAAAAUAUGUAUAUGAGUUUACUGGCAAUCGUAAAUUGUAGAAUUUCAUGCAUAACCCAGCUGAACUAGAGGAGCAGCUGCCACUGCUUACAAGUUUGUACCUAGUACAAUAAGUGCUUUGUAUCUCUUUGCGGAAUUACGUAUUUUAUUGAAUUUUAUGAACUGCUUGAUUUUAUUUUCGAAUAUUAUUCGCUAGAAAUGUACGCCGAAUAUUAAUAUCUUUUAAAUGUCAAAACUAAUCAUAGAAAACGUAUCAGAAUGGAAAAUUCAAAGUUUUUGCAACUCAGAAAAAUUAUCUUAUUGUUUGUAAAGCUUUCCGAAAACAACCUCAUCACCAAUUCAAGCCAAGAUGUUUCAAGUAUAAGGUGGGCCAAAUCGAAGUUCCAGUGACGUAGAUACUUUUACCCGACUGGUACAGUGUUGACAACACAGAUUUGUCAAACAUUUGUAAUAGAAAAAUAAGAAUCGAAUAAUUUUCCUAAGAUUAAUUAAUUUUCUUCAUAAAUGAUAAAUUUUGAUUUAAAAAAAAAACACCUUUUUACUAAUAUGACCACAUGUAUGAUAUUAAAACUGCCUAGGAUAAAAUAUGGUCCAUAUUAUGCUAUUAAACAUCAAUAAUUUCCUUAAAUCGAUAUUCCAUUGUUAAAUUUUAAAAUUUAAUCUUAUUUUGCAGCAAAUUGCAUGCAUGCUAAUUGCAUUCAAAAUUGUACACUUCUUAGUCAAUUUUCAAUUUUGUUAAGUUUUUUUGAAAAAUUAUAGACAACACAGAAAAAAAAUCACAGCAUUCUCGUCAAGGCUAGCAUUACUGGCCAAUCCAAUUUAUCUCAAUAGAAAUGGACAAAAGUCGUUAAUAAAAUUAUAUGUGAACUUUAAUGAAAAGUAUUCACUUUCCUAGCUUAAUGGAGCAAUAAUAAUCGCCAUAUAGCGAAGUCAACCCAAAUCAUUAAUAUCACUGAGACCAUUUCAGUAAGGACUGCAGCGACAGCUGGGUAGAUGGUCACAUUUUCAUAUAAAAAGUCGUUUAUUUUUCAAAAGCAGAAGAUGAUGAAUAAUGCUUAUCAGAAUGACUUUCAGAUCAAUUUGUAAUAUAUUGGGGGUCAUCCGGGUGAGAAAUUUGUAAGUCUUUCUGCGAAUAUUUGGUUUCAUUCGCGGAAAAGUGACAGUAUCGUGAGUCCAUUUCUGAGAAGAAUUUUUUAAACGAAAGAAUAAUACAAAAGAAGGAAAACUUUUAAUUGGCAUACAGAUAAUAAGAGAGUCGUAGGGUUCUUUUUUUUUGCUUUAAAUCACACUCAAUGAAUUUUAAAUUAUCUCAAUUUCACAGGGCAAUAGAUAGGAAUGAAGAAUAAUAAAGAUUUUGCAGAGAAUGUCCUCUGGAAAAGCAUCUCAUUGGAAAUUUUCAUGAAGAAAUUUACUCGCUUACUCAGCAUAAUCAUCUUAUCAAUCAACAUCAUUUCCAAUUUAAAUAUUUCCCCAUCUCUUUCCUCCCGAAAAUGUUCUCUGCCGUUUUUAUGUGGAUGAUUUAAGUAUCGGUGGUUGUUGCUUUUCAUAACAAAACCCAAUCCAAAAUCAAUUGGAGUGACAUAAUGGGAACAUUUUUAUUAGAAAACAUUUAUGUAUAAAUAAGAAGAAUAAUGAAUAAAUCAAUUCACUGCUGAAUUAAUUGGAGAAAAUUUAAAUAAAUCAUUUAGAAAUCAGUAUGGAAACAAUUUAAAUAAAUCAAUGAAUGUGUGUGUGCAUAAUUUAGAUGUACCCAGAACCAAUGUGAAUGAUUAUAUUCUUUUGCGCAAACACACUAAUUCCACUGGAUGAACAUCAAUAUUAUAAUGCUAUGUAUAAUAUAUAGCUAUAUGGCACAAGUACUCUAAAAAUCAAGUAGAGUAAAUAAUGUGCAAAUUGAAAUUUGAAGAAAUAUUAAGUUGAGGAAUCUCUCAAAGUAUAUUUAUGCUAAUUGAGUGAAAUUAAUUCGCGUGAUUAAUGGUAAAAUGGAAUGAGCAGAAAAGCUCCGCAGCUCAGUUUAAUUGAAAGAGUGAGGAAGCUUUUAAAGUCAUCGUUUGUGGAAUAUUUCACCGUACAAAAAGCACAUGGAGAUUUUGUGCUACUGAGGGAAAAUAUUUCACUUCAGGAAAUUAGCACGUAAAACUCGCUGGUUGUAAUUAAUUAUAAUCAUUUCGGAAAAUGAAGAGAUUGACACUGUGGCUAAAUAUUGUCCGAAAUUCCAAUUGAAAAUUAAAUACCGCAGAAUUAUUAAAAUUUAUCAGGAUAUUUAUUAUGUGGGCAUUUUUGUAUAUAUGGCACCAAUAAAUUUUAUUUACCUAUAAUAAAAAAAAAA